AAGCCUCCUCCGGAGUUGGACUUGGGGACUUAGAUUUAGGAACCCAUGUUUGCAAAGUCGUCUCUAUCUCUCUGGUUCUCCUCCAGUUGAGUUCCGACCUACUCUCCUUUCGACUCACUCUCAUACCUCUCUCUGGCCGUCAAUGGCGGCUUCACUUCCCUCCAACGGAUCAACCCUAAGGGACGCAUUUGGAAAUGUUCUUUCCUUCUUCAUUCUCAUCUUGAUCGGCGUCCUAGCAUUCUCAAUUCGCCUUUUCUCUGUGAUAAAGUAUGAGAGUGUUAUUCAUGAAUUUGAUCCUUAUUUCAAUUACAGAGUUACACAGUAUCUUUCAAAGAUGGGAAUUUAUGAAUUUUGGAACUGGUUUGAUGAUCGGACCUGGUAUCCCCUAGGACGAGUAAUUGGUGGAACUGUUUAUCCUGGUCUCACAUUAACUGCAGGCACAUUAUGGCGGGUAUUAAAUGCCUUGAACAUUCCUUUGUCUGUGGAAACUGUUUGUGUAUUCACUGCACCCGUAUUCUCUGCUUUUGCUUCAUGGGCAACUUACCUGUUAACAAAGGAAGUUAAAGGUGCUGGUGCUGGACUGACAGCUGCUGCUCUUUUGGCCAUGGUUCCAUCAUAUAUAUCGCGUUCUGUAGCUGGCAGCUAUGACAAUGAAGCUGUCGCAAUAUUUGCUCUGAUCUUCACUUUCUAUCUUUAUUUAAAGACAUUGAAUACGGGAUCCCUUUUCUAUGCCACUUUAAAUGCCAUUGCAUAUUUCUACAUGGUUUGCUCUUGGGGAGGCUACACAUUUAUUAUUAAUCUUAUUCCGAUGCAUGCACUUUUGUGCAUUGUAACUGGACGCUAUUCUUCUCGAUUGUACAUUGCAUAUGCUCCUUUUGUUGUUUUGGGAACAUUAUUGGCUGCACUGGUGCCAGUGGUUGGAUUUAAUGCCGUGAUGACAUCAGAGCAUUUUGCAUCAUUUUUGGUUUUCAUCAUUAUCCAUGUGGUGGCCCUUGUUUAUUAUAUCAAAGGAAUUCUCUCCCAAAAAAUGUUUAAAGUAGCUGUCACUCUCGUAGUAUCUAUUGGGCUGGCAGUUUGCUGUGCAGUCAUUGCGGUUCUUGUAGCUCUUGUUGCUUCCAGCCCAACCAAGGGGUGGAGUGGGCGUAGUUUGAGUCUUCUAGAUCCAACUUAUGCAAGCAAGUACAUACCAAUAAUUGCUAGUGUUAGUGAGCACCAACCACCUACUUGGCCUUCUUACUUCAUGGACAUCAACGUUUUGGCAUUUCUGGUUCCAGCUGGUAUUAUUGCAUGCUUUUCACCAUUAUCUGAUGCUAGCUCAUUUGUUGUCCUCUACAUUGCUACAGCAGUGUACUUCUCUGGAGUUAUGGUCCGUCUUAUGCUUGUACUUGCUCCAGCAGCAUGCAUUAUGUCUGGAAUUGCACUUUCUCAAGCCUUUGAAGUUUUUACUCGGUCUAUUAAGUUUCAGAUGCCUGGAGAAGCGCCAGAUGCACAAGAAGUGGGAGAUACCAUAUCUGAUGGUGUUGUAGCACAACAUGAUGCGGUGAAGCCUGAAAAAAGUGAAGAUACAGUUAAAGAACGUCCUUCAAAAAAGAAUAGAAAGAAGGAAAGGGAACCAGUUGAAAAGCCUUCCUUCAAGUCCCAAAUUCGUAAAAGGCUGCUAGUUUUACCUUUUGCAACAUCUAUUAUUGCUCUUUUCUUACUUGUUUUGCUGGGCGCCUUUUAUGUGGUUCAUUGCGUCUGGGCAGCUGCAGAAGCUUAUUCAGCUCCUUCUAUUGUUUUAACUUCUCACUCCCGUGAUGGUCUCCAUGUUUUUGAUGACUUUAGAGAAGCUUAUGCAUGGUUAAGCCACAACACUGAGGCUGAUGAUAAAGUUGCAUCAUGGUGGGACUAUGGCUAUCAAACUACUGCAAUGGCUAAUCGGACUGUCAUUGUUGACAACAAUACCUGGAACAAUACCCAUAUUGCAACUGUUGGUACUGCAAUGUCUUCUCCUGAAAAGGCAGCCUGGGAAAUUUUCAACUCCUUGGAUGUAAAAUAUGUGCUUGUUGUCUUUGGAGGUCUUGUUGGGUACCCAAGUGAUGAUAUCAAUAAGUUCUUGUGGAUGGUUCGUAUAGGAGGCGGUGUAUUUCCUCAUAUCAAGGAACCGGAUUACCUAAGAGAUGGCCAAUAUCGUAUUGAUUCUCAGGCCACUCCAACAAUGCUAAAUUGUCUCAUGUACAAACUCUCGUAUUACAGGUUCGUGGAGACAGAUGGGAAAGGGUUUGAUCGGGUGAGGCAGACAGAAAUUGGGAAGAAAUAUUUUAAACUUUCGCAUUUUGAAGAGGUAUUCACCACUCACCAUUGGAUGGUGAGAAUCUACAAAUUGAAACCUCCAAAGAACAGAAUGAGGGGAAAAACCAAAAAAUUAAAGACGAAAUCCAGCUCAACCACCAGUUCAAAAAGAAAAGGAACAAAAAAGAGAAAUCCGUGGCACUGAAAUAUCAGCUGACGACGAUGGGAUCACGUUCAAAAAGCAUGUAAGCUACAUAUAUAAUUGACAACCUUGGCAGGUACCUUUUGAGGCAUAGCGAUAAUUUUCUUGCGGACGGCGAAAUUUUGUAGUCUAAUCAUAUAUAUUUUUCCCUCCUUAUAUAUGACACAUUUUAACAGGAUCUAAUUGAAAUAUCAAGCCGAUAGAUUUUUUUUACGCAC